AUGGUUGAAUCAAAUGAUGUUGAAAUGAAAGAAGCUGAACCAUCAGUUACAUCUAACACAACAGCGACAUCAAAAGAUGCUAAUACAUUAACAUUAGAUGAUAUUAAAGAACAAGUUCGUACAAUUGAAAAAGCAGUAAAUUCUAAAGAACCUCGAUUUAUUCUUCGUGUAUUACGUGCACUUGCAUCGACACGAAAACGUCUUACUGAAGAUAUUAUUCGUCGUCUUAUUAUAUUUUAUUAUGGAGCAAAUUCGAGUGAAAGAGAAAUUCUUCUUGGAUAUGCACAAUCGGUUUCUCAGCCAAUGGAUGUUGACAUGGAAAAACCAAGUACACCUGCACCAGCUGGCGAUAAGCAAUUAGUACCUCGUUCUCAAACAUCAAGAGCACGCGCCGUUGCCUUACCAGAAGUCGAUUUAUAUAUUCAUUUGAUCGUUCUACUCUAUUUAAUCGAUCGAAAUUCAUUAAAAUCUGCACUCGAUUGUGCUAAACGACUUGUCGAUAAAACAACGGUAUUGAAUCGUCGUACACUUGAUCUACUUGCAGCAAAAUGCUAUUUUUAUUAUGCACGUAUAUUUGAAUUAAAUAAUAUGCUUGAUACAAUUCGACCAUUUUUACAUAGUCGAUUACGUACAGCAACUUUACGUAAUGAUUUUGAAGGAACAGCUGUAUUAAUUAAUUUAUUAUUACGAAAUUAUCUUCAUUAUAAUCUUUAUAGUCAAGCACAAAAACUUGUAUUAAAAUCAGUUUUUCCAGAUCAUGCAUCGAAUAAUGAAUGGGCAAGAUAUCUUUAUUAUCUUGGUCGUAUACGUGCCAUGCAAUUAGAAUAUACGAAAGCUCAUCAACAUUUAUUAACAGCUACACGAAAAGCUCCACAACAAACAGCUAUUGGCUUUCGACAGAAUGCCCAUAAAUUUCUUAUAACUGUUGAAUUACUUCUCGGAGAUAUUCCUGAUAAAGCAGUAUUUAACAAUCCACAACUUAAACGUUCAUUAGAUCCAUAUUAUCAAUUAACAUUAGCUGUACGUGCUGGUAAUUUAAGUCGAUUUAAAGAAGUUCUUGAAACAUAUGCUGAUCGUUUUCAACAAGAAAAAACUUGGUCACUUAUUAUUCGAUUACGACAUAAUGUUAUUAAAACCGGCAUUAAAAUGAUUAGUUUAUCAUAUGCUAAAAUAUCAUUUAGUGAUGUUGCACAAAAAUUACAACUUGAUUCAUCUGAAGAUGCAGAAUAUAUUGUUGCAAAAGCUAUUCGUGAUGGAGUUAUUGAAGCAAGUAUUAAUCAUGAACAAGGUUAUGUUCAAUCACGUGAAAUUAUCGAUGUUUAUACAACACGUGAACCAAUGAAUGCAUUUCAUCAACGCAUUGAAUUUUGUCUUAAAGUACAUAAUGAAAGUGUUAAAGCUAUGCGUUAUCCACCGAAAAAAUACAAUGAAGAAUUAGAAACAGCUCAGGAACGUCGCGAACGUGAACAAGAAGAAUUAGAAUAUGCCAAAGAAAUGGCUGAUGAUGAAGAUGAUUUUUAA